GCGGAAUCGAUUUUAAUUUUAUUGCAACUGAAGAAAGAAAAAAAAAAAAAAAAAAAAAAAAAAGAGAAAAUAUGUUUGUGAGGGUUUUAGCUUCUGGGGCUCUCUCCAAGUCUCAUCCUUUCAAGAAUCUAUUCUCCAAUUCUUUCUUCUUCACUCCCUUCUUCUUCUCCAAAUACCCACUUCGCAGAACCAGCAUGGGUGAUUUUAUAUGCAAGGUACUGGGUCAGGAGCAAUCUACUUCUCGGAUCCUCUGCGAUGUUAAAAGUUUUCCCAUUGAGGGGCGUCGAUGGAUUCAUUCAGACCCAUUUUUAAGUUCGGCUGACAAAGUUUUGGAACCACUGAAGCAGCCUGAGAAGAGCGCAAUUGUUGGUGGUACUGUUGAUACUAAAGUGAAGAGAAAAAAGCUAAAGGGUAAAAGAGCAGUUGUGAGGUGGCUGAAGUUUUUUAGGUGGAAGAAGAAGAAAGAGUAUGAAAGAAUGACUGCAGAAGAAAAAAUUCUUUACAAAUUGAGUAAGGCUCGAAAGAAAGAGGAAAGAUUUGUUGAUGGCCUUAAGAAGAUUGAGCCGAAAGAGACAUCAGAAACAACUCAUGAUCCAGAGAUAUUGACCCCAGAGGAACACUUUUUCUUCUUAAAGAUGGGUCUCAAAUGCAAGAAUUACGUGCCUGUUGGAAGACGGGGAAUCUACCAGGGUGUAAUUUUGAACAUGCAUCUGCAUUGGAAAAAGCACCAGACUCUGCAGGUGGUGGUCAAGACAUUUUCGCCAGAGGAGGUCCGAGAGAUUGCUGCUGAGCUGGCAAGAUUGACUGGAGGAAUUGUGCUUGACAUUCAUGAAGAGAACACAAUUAUUAUGUACAGGGGGAAGAACUAUUCUCAGCCGCCAACAGAGAUUAUGUCACCCAGGAUCACUCUCUCCAGGAAGAAGGCUUUGGAUAAAUCCAAAUAUAGAGAUGGCCUCCGAGCUGUAAGAAAAUAUAUUCCAAAACUUGAACAGGAUCUUGAGUUGCUCCAAGCACAAGCUAAAAGUCUGCCUGAGAAUAUUCAAGAGAUUGAAGGAACUGAAAUUGGAAGAAUUGAUCCCGAGAGCAGUUCAAACUUCCAAUUGAACAAUUCCGAUAAGCUGAAAGAAAUAUUGAAUAGAAACAAGGAAUGCUCUGAGGAUGAUCCUAUGAUGGAUACAGGUAUGGCAUCAGAUUCUGAAGAUCUAUCAGAUAUUUUUGAGACUGAAUCUGAUUCGGAGGCUGAGAAUAAGGCGGAACGACCUCUUUAUUUGGAUAAGUUUGAAAAAUUCCCAGUUGAAAGUGAUGGAGAAUGUGAAGAUUUUGAGGAGCACCUGCGUCAAAUAUCUGCAGACUCAAAAACUGCCAAAUCAUGGGAGAAAGAUUCUGACUCACCAAAUUUUGAUGAGGUUGAUCGUAUAUUUCUGCGUGCUGCUUCACUCUUAAAGAAAAAGAGACGAUAGAGGGUUUUAAAUUAUUUAUGAUUGCCUGAUUGGUAUCGAUGUGAUUAAUUAGAUGUUAAUUUAAUCUUCUUCUUCUUUCCUUUAGAAGUAGUGUUUGGUUGCAAGGGAAAUUUUCUUUGUUGCUUUGGAUGGGUGAUCACAGCCAAGGUCUUUCUCUUUAUCUCUAAGUUAUACUCUCAUCCAGUAGAUCUUCAAGUUAUGACU